AAAAAUGUCAGACACACCGUCAAAGAAGCAAAAACGACGAGCAACGAUAUUUGUGACGGGUCCACAGAGCAAGAAGACUAUUUUCGAAGGUGAAGAGAUAAAGGAAGAAGGAAAUCAGACAACGUUACAAGAUCUGGCCAUUGCACGUCAACGUCUUCACAAUGAGCUUGCCGUCGUAAACACAACUUCUGGAAUCGAAAUUCUCAUGCAAAUCGUUAUGGAUGAACUGGAAGUGGUGCGGCAUCGUCUACGCGAAAAUGGGCAACGAAUGCGUAAUUUCUUUGGUGAUGGAGCCGUUCAAAUUCGUGCAAUUCUCAUUCGUAUUUUCUCGAAAUCAAUAAGUUCUCGAAACAUGCUAGAAUAUAAAAAAGAUGCGAAAGUGAUUCUGAAUGAGCUCUGCGACCAGAAUAUCACGUACAAAAUGCCAAGAUACACACUGAACGACAUGGAAGAAAUAUUGCUCACUGAUGAUUUAGAAGAUGGAGUUAUUCAACGUCGCUCAGAGAAAUGGGAAUGUCUUCCUGAAAGGCAGAAGCCGAUGUUCGAUGAAGAUGAAGAUGCUUUCUGUGAAUUCAGAAAAAUGAAUGUUCCAAUGUCAAUGACGUUUGAUGAUGAUGAUGAGGAUAGAUUGAGUAUGCCAAGUACUCGAACUGGAGUUACUGCAUUGACAACUGAAGAUCAAAUGGCGGCAAUUCAAAAUCAAUUGGCAAUGCUUUCGAAGCAGCUAAUGUGCCUUCAGAAGAGUGGAGUUGAGACAAAAAGAGCAUCAUCCAGAGCGAGUUCUAGAAGAGGCGGAAUAAUUGCAAAAAAAGCUUCUCUCGAAAUCUCCUCCAACUCCUCGUCAGACGUAUCUGAAGAUGAAGGAAAAGGUCCAUCAGUCUGCUCACCAUCUUCAAGCUCCAAAACCUCCACAGCGUCUGUCCAACUUGCUCCAAUGUGCAUGGCUCCACCACCACCACCUCCGCCACCGCUGCCAAAGAUGUCUCAAAAGAUCCCGCUCUCUGAGAUCAAAUCAGACAACAAACUUUCCACAGUAACACCAUCAAAGCCUGCUGAAAAGAAAUCAUCUCCAAAAUCUCUUCCGCCAGCAGAAACAAUUGUGUCGAAUCGGCCGUACUUGACGGAUAUUGCUCAUGGAAGAAGCAUGUUGAAGAAGACCGUUAGAUCUCCCGGUGGAUCGCCUGCUUGCCAAGUUCGUCACCAAAAGCGUCCAGUAUCAUCUUUCGAAGCUGCUCUCCGUGAUCGUUUUCGUGGCUUCCAUGGUGAUGCAUCAUUCUCGGAGCAAGAAGAGAACGGAGAGGAUGAUGAUUUGAGUGCCACGUGGGAUGAAUAGAAUUAUUAGCUAUACAUUCGAUAUACAUAUUUUUGUAUCUAUUUUCAUAAAUAUUCUCGUCUUUCAUUCUUCGUUUUCCCCCCUUUACUUGCUACUUGUUCAUGACUGCAUUUUUCUUGAGCCUCUCCUCUCAUUUCUUUUUCUCUACUUUUAUGUUCACUGUUUUUUCUCCUCUUUACAGAAUCUCAAUUCAUUUUCAAUAAACAUUUUUGUAU